AUGACAGACCAAAAAGCCUAUCUCCACCACAUGAACCCAUUAGCAGACAUUGAUGUAGUUGACACACUUGCUAAGAAGAAUACCGAUUUUGCAAUGCAUGGACCGCCUGGAGAGAAUUCCAGACCAUACCAACGGAAAUCAAAGCUCGAACAAAGGAGAAACAGUGGACAGUGGAAACUAAUCAGAAGAGAGUUCAAGACCUCAAGGUGCAACGAACUUGAGCUCGAACAAAUGAGAACAAAGGGGAAACAGUGGACAGUGGCACUCUCCCGAUCAGAAGAGAAUUCAAGAUCUCAAGGUGCAACGAACUUAAACAACAAAAGAGAAACAGUGGACAGUGGCACUCUCCGACAUAGCCGACUAGCCAAGAAUCAGAAACAGUGGACAGUGGCACUCUUCGAUAUAGCAAAGGAGAAACAGUGGACAGUGGCACUCUCCGAUAUAGCCCCAAGGAGAAACAGUGGACAGUGGCACUCUCCGACAUAG